CACAAAUGCCUUCUGCUGUCGUGUCUUGUUUGAUCAUGUCCGCUUCGACAGCGGUAUCGGAUCGCGAUGAGCUUGGAUCUGGUGCUGUUAUGUCAUCAGAAUUCUGUGGACUCUAUUGGAUUACGAGAACAGGUAAAAGAAGUGGACUGUCAAGAUAUCGUGCUCGGUUGCAUUCCUCGACCGCUUCACUGGUCAGCCUAAAUCACGAGCUCGACUACGACAUGCCCUGCGGCUUGCAUCGCUUCGCCCUCUCUUCUCAAAGUCAAACGGAGUGAUAUGUUGACUAGAUGAGAUGGCUCAGCAUGAUGACCACAUCGACAUGGCCUGAUGCUUGGGAUCUUCGACGAUACGACAUUGAAAGCGGAGUCGGCAGGCCUUGCGAACGGAAGUUGCGGACGAGAGAGAGAUGCCACGGUACUGAAAAUGCAUUGCGUCCACUCAACCGUUGCGCUUAUAGUAGUCUCGUGAACAUACACAUGACCCCGUGUUCUUGAGACCCUCGAUAUAG